GAUAAUGGCGACACUGGUGCUGGAUAACGGGGCCUACAACGCCAAAAUCGGUUACAGUCACGACAGCGUCAGUGUUAUUCCAAAUUGUCAGUUCCGGUCAAAAACAGCUCGUCUGAAAACCUUUACAGCCAACCAAAUAGAUGAAAUAAAGGACCCGUCUGGACUCUUUUACAUCUUGCCUUUUCAGAAGGGCUAUUUGGUGAAUUGGGAUGUUCAGAGACAAGUUUGGGAUUACCUUUUUGGGAAAGAAAUGUAUCAGGUGGAUUUUGUAGAUACUAAUAUUAUAAUUACAGAACCUUAUUUUAACUUCACUUCAAUUCAAGAGUCAAUGAAUGAAAUCUUGUUUGAAGAAUAUCAAUUUCAAGCCGUGCUUAGAGUCAAUGCUGGUGGCCUGAGUGCACAUCGCUACUUCCGAGAUAAUCCAUCUGAAUUAUGCUGUAUCAUUGUGGACAGUGGUUAUUCCUUUACACACAUAGUACCAUAUUGCAGAAGUAAAAAGAAAAAAGAAGCAAUAAUUCGGAUUAAUGUUGGAGGAAAGCUUCUAACCAAUCAUCUAAAGGAGAUAAUUUCUUACAGACAGCUACAUGUCAUGGAUGAAACACAUGUAAUCAAUCAAGUGAAAGAAGAUGUAUGCUAUGUGUCUCAAGAUUUUUAUAAGGACAUGGAUAUAGCAAAGUUGAAAGGAGAAGAAAAUACAGUGAUGGUAGACUAUGUUUUGCCUGAUUUUAGCACAAUUAAAAAGGGCUUUUGUAAGCCAAGAGAAGAGAUGGUGUUAAGUGGAAAGUAUAAGUCUGGGGAACAAAUUCUUCGUUUGGCAAAUGAGAGAUUUGCUGUUCCAGAGAUACUCUUUAAUCCUUCCGAUAUAGGCAUUCAAGAAAUGGGAAUCCCAGAAGCUAUUGUCUAUUCUAUUCAGAAUCUCCCUGAAGAAAUGCAGCCCCAUUUCUUCAAGAAUAUUGUUUUGACUGGAGGAAACACCCUCUUUCCAGGAUUCAGGGAUCGAGUUUACUCAGAGGUUCGGUGUCUUACUCCAACAGAUUAUGAUGUUUCUGUUGUGCUUCCUGAAAACCCAAUUACUUAUUCCUGGGAAGGUGGAAAGCUGAUAUCAGAAAAUGAUGAUUUUGAAGAUAUGGUAGUAACAAGAGAAGAUUAUGAAGAAAAUGGACAUUGCAUAUGUGAAGAGAAAUUUGAUAUUUAAAGAAAUUCCUGAAUGACUGUCUUUAUGCAGUUCUUUUAAAAGAAGUUAAUGAGCACUAUUGUAAUCUUUCAUCUUGGAAAGUAUCUUGAGUUGGUUGAUAUACUUUGUGUUAGAGCUUUGGAAAGCUUAGCUGCAGUGACUCAUACCAUAAAUGGUAAGUACAAAGGGGUGUAUGUACUUUUAUUGUACACUUUUAUUUAGGAGCGAGGCUUCUGUUGAGGCUUGCACUAUUUUUUUAGGGCAGGUUACUUUUCAUUGAUGAAUGAAAGACUAAAUGCAUUUAAAAUUUUAUUCUUUACAGUUACAAGAACAAAUUCAGCCUUUGAUAGUUUUUUUUGCAUAUAUGUGAU